AUGUCAAUUCCUGAUAAUAUGAAGGCGGUGGUCUUCCAAGGACCAUUUGAUGUGAAGACCGAAAUUAGACCCGUACCAAAGCUUGAAGCUCAGACUGAUGCCUUGUUAAAAGUACAGUUCUCGGGAUUGUGCGGGACUGAUUUACAUUCUUACAGGGGGCAUAUUAAGGGAACCAAGGGUCAAAUUAUUGGGCAUGAAUUUGUAGGGGAGAUUGUUGCAAUUGGUUCGGAAGUCAAGGAUUUUAAAGUUGGCGAUGAAGUUCUCAGUACUUUCACCAUACAAUGUGGAAAGUGUUGGCAUUGCCUCCACGGAUACUCGGGCCAAUGCGACAAAACUAACACAUUCGGAAAACCUGGCUUGGACGGGGGUCAAGCUGAAUAUGUACGUAUUCCGUAUGCGGACUCUACUUUGUUCAGUAAGCCAGUUGCAAGUGGUAACGACAGUGACUUCGUGGAUGAUUCUGUUUACGUCCUCAUGGCAGAUAUUUUUAUAACCGGGUAUUAUGGGGUUAAGAAGAUUUUGGAUCAAGUUCUGAUUGAGGCUGCUGCUGGCUUAGGCACAACUGCUAUUAAAGAUGUAACAAUCUUACAGUUGGGAUGCGGUCCUGUAGGUCUUUGUGCAUUGAAAGUAGCCAAACAUUUAGGUUUCCAAAAUAUUGUAGUGGUAGACAAUGUUCCCUCGAGAUUGAGCCAAGCUCUUGAGUGGGGCGCAUCUCACACCAUCAAUUUUGAAACCGAUGAUAAGGAUGCUUUGAAGACUUACAUAGAGAAGCAAACUGGAGGUGUAGGAUUCGAUGCUGUCCUAGAGGUAGUCGGAUCAUCCACGGCACUUAGAACUGCCUUUGAUUCUGUAAGAAGAAAUGGGUUUAUUUCCUCCUUGGGAAUGGCCCACGAAGAUUUGCCAUUCAAUGGGCUAGAAUGCUAUUUGAAAAAUAUCAACAUGUCAUUUGGUAGAUGUCAUGUCCGUUCAUUGUUUCCUGAGGCUCUAAAGAUCUUUGAAUUAUUGAAAGCCGAUUUUGCAGAUUUCAUUGAUCAUAAGAUUGGUAUAGAUGAGGCUAAAACUUCGUUUGAACUAUUUGAUAAGCAUAAAGUUAAUAAAGUUGUAUUUGAUAUGAGUAAAUAG